AUGAAGAUCUAUGCGGGAUGGUACGCCGCUUGCGCUGUGCUAUGCGUUUGCGCGCAUCCAUCGAGAGACCGAUCUAACGAAAGGUACACUGGUAUCUCGAGAUCGUUCAACCCAAAAUCAAUAGCUAAUGGCUACGGUUUCGAGAGGCAGAUGUCUGCGACCAAAUUGUUCGAGAUCUUCGAAGAUAGUGAAGAGUUCGAGGAGAAGAAAGGACCGUCGACAAUGAGAGCGAUCAUUACGAGGGCAAGGGGCAACCCGGUCUUGCUACCCUUAAUUAUAGAACCUGAAGCGGAAAUGCUGCCGGUCGGUUAUGAGGGCGUGAAGUCGCCUGGAGUCACCCACAUGGAGCUAGCGUUCGCGAAACCGCAAACCGGCCGACCGUCGGGUCGCAAAAAUGCGGCGUUACGGCGAGCUUCGGCGACGGACGACGGCAACCCCGGUAAAUCCGACGGAUUUAAUCGAGAUAACGACGCGCAUUACGCCGCGUCGAAGCACGAGACGAAGCAAGUCGCGAGAGAUGAUCACGGUAACGACAGCCUCGCCGUCUUCGAGGUAGGUUCGAAGGGCGACACGAGAAAGGAGAACGAGAAGGCUGAGCACGCCGAAGUCUCCGGCGCGAGUAAGAGCCACUCCGAAAACGAGGAUCGCGCGGAGGAUCAUAAAGAAGAAGUCGUGAAAGAGACGGGAGCUACCUACGAGACCGGAGAUGCUCGCGAGAAGGCCCGUAAUACCGCCAGAUAUCGCAACGUUUAUCACAAAGAUGAGUUCAAGAAGGACGCCGAUUUCUACAGUAACGGCCGUCAGGGUGGACACUUCGAGAGGCACGGUCGAUACGGCGAGAAACACGCCGCCGCCGAAGGCGAGUACGCGAAAGGUGGGAGUAACGGUUCCAGAUUUGUCGAGGUGGAAGCCAACGAGCGGAGGAACGAGAAGAAGACGGAAGGUAACCGAGAAGCCCAAGGUCACCCUAAGACGGACUCCUCGGGAACUUGGACGGAUUCGUAAAGCAGAGCACAGGCUUAACGAAGGGUUGAAAGUUCGCUUUCAGCAACCAACGGCUCAAGUUAAUACCUAUGUAUGACGUUAUAUGAUUGCUUGAGUCGCGAUUGUAUAGUA